AUGUCUGGAAUUCUGGAGACUUUUAUCCGAAACUUGAUUUCUGGCGAAAAGUCGUUUUACGUCUUCUCCGCCGAAGACGUGAUCCGAAAGCACGAGAAAUGGCGUCAACUCUUGCCUCGCGUUCAACCCUUUUAUGCCUUGAAAUGCAAUGAUUUUCCGCUUCUAUUGGAUAUUCUCAUUGGUCUGGGCUUUGGCUUCGACUGCGCGUCCAGAUUGGAAAUCGAGAAUGCGUUGAAAAACGGCGCCAAAAGUGAAGAAAUAAUUUUCGCGAAUCCGUGUAAAAGUGAUUCCGUUAUUGAAUACGCGCUGAGAAUGGGAACCGAUUUAAUGACUUUCGAUAAUUGCGAGGAAUUGCGGAAAAUACGGAAAUUGUUUCCAAACGCGAGACUUGUGUUGAGACUCAAAGUCGACGACAAAGAGUCUGCCAUUCGGUUGAGUCUCAAAUUCGGAGCGGAAAUAGAAGAAGUGGAGGAAUUGCUGCGAACGGCCAGAGAGUGGUCUCUGGAUGUGAUAGGAGUGGCCUUUCAUGUCGGCACCGGUUGUCAAAGGAGUGAAUCGUUCGCCGAAGCGAUAGAGUUGUCGCGAAAGGCGUUUGAUUUGGCGCUGAGUUUGGGAUUCAAUAUGCGAUUACUGGACAUCGGCGGAGGAUUUCCCGGAAAGGAAUGCAAAACCAGUUUCGAAGAGAUUUGCGAAACCAUUAACGAGAGUUUGGAGAAGUAUUUCCCGUCGGAUCACGUGGUGGUGAUGGCAGAGCCCGGACGCUAUGUCUGUGAGUCUGCCUUCUCUUUCGUGUCUCCGAUUGUCGUCAAAAAGAGUGACGAAAAACAAAUGCAAUACUAUUUGAAUGCAAGUAUUUUCAACGUCUUUAAUAACGUCGUGUUUGAGAACCAGAUUCUGGANUUCUUAUAG